CGCCACUCGAGACUUCACUGCAAGUCAAAUCAGUUCUGGUUUCACGCGCUGCGAAGGCGGAAGCUCGCGCUCCGACUGCGUGUUUAAAUAAAUGUGCAGCUUUAAAUAUUCAUUAUUCUUUUAUUAAUCAGCGCGCGCGCGCGUGUGUGUGAGGGAGAAUACAGACAAGGCGCAUGAAGGUGUGUGUUAGGUGUGUCACCAUGCUGUCGAGACUGCCGUGUGUGAGUGUGUGUCGCUUGGCUCACACUAAAGAGAAGGGCAAACCAUUGAUGCUCAACCCACGCACCAACAAGGGCAUGGCCUUCACCCUGAAGGAGAGACAGGUUCUGGGACUCCAUGGUCUGCUGCCCCCGAAGAUUGAGACUCAGGACCUGCAGGCCAUGCGCUUUCAGAGGAACCUGAGGAAGAUGUCUGACCCCCUGCAGAAGUAUAUCUACCUGAUGGGGAUUCAGGAGCGUAAUGAGCGUUUGUUCUAUCGAGUGUUAAUGGAGGACAUUGAAGCUCUGAUGCCCAUCGUGUACACGCCCACUGUGGGGCUCGCCUGCACCGAGUACGGACACAUCUUCCGCAGGCCCAAAGGCCUAUUUAUCUCGAUUAUGGAUCAGGGUCACAUCCGUUCCAUCCUGGACAACUGGCCAGAAACUAACGUGAAGGCCGUGGUGGUGACAGACGGGGAGAGGAUUCUGGGUCUGGGUGAUCUGGGUGUGUAUGGAAUGGGCAUUCCUGUAGGGAAGCUGUGUUUGUACACUGCCUGUGCUGGAAUCAGACCAGAAAGCUGCCUGCCUGUGUGUAUCGACGUGGGAACAGAUAACGAGAAGUUGCUAAAGGACCCGUUCUACAUGGGGCUGUACCAGCGGCGUGAGCGCUCACAGCGGUAUGAUGACCUGAUCGAUGAGUUCAUGGAGGCGGUGGUGGAUAAGUACGGUCAGGACACACUCAUACAGUUCGAGGACUUCGGCAACCACAACGCCUUCCGCUUCCUGAAAAAGUACAGACACCAAUACUGCACCUUCAACGAUGACAUCCAGGGCACUGCGUCAGUAGCUCUGGCGGGUUUGUUGGCAGCACAGCGUGUGGUGGGGAAACCAAUCACUGAGCACACUGUUCUGUUUCUGGGAGCUGGAGAGGCGGCUCUGGGCAUCGCUAACCUGAUCGUCAUGGCAAUGAUGGAGGAGGGAGUGAGUCAGACAGAAGCACGCAAGAAGAUAUGGAUGUUUGACAAAGAUGGCCUCCUUGUCCAGGGCAGAUCUCAGUCCACAGACAGUAAUCAGGAAGCGUUUGUUCACCUGAGUCCAGGAGAUGUAAAGAGUUUUCUGGAUGCCGUUAAUGUCAUCAAACCCACAGCCAUCAUUGGUGUGGCAGGGGCGGGGCGUCUCUUCACUCAUGAUGUCAUCAGAGCAAUGGGCACGUUAAACGAGCGGCCAAUCAUCUUUGCUCUCAGCAACCCGACUACUAAAGCUGAGUGCACUGCAGAGGACGCCUAUGGCCUCACUCAGGGUCGGUGUCUGUUUGCCAGUGGCAGUCCGUUUGAUCCCGUUACUCUGGAUGAUGGCAGAAUCCUCAUUCCGGGACAAGGAAACAACGCAUACAUAUUCCCAGGUGUAGCUCUGGCUAUUAUCCUCAGUGGAGUCAGACACAUCAGUGAUACGGUGUUCCUUGAAGCUGCCAAGACCCUGGUAGAUCAGCUGACUGAUGAGGAACUGAGUCAGGGUCGGCUUUAUCCUCCACUGUCCAACAUCAGAGAGGUGUCUGUGCAGAUGGCUGUAAAGGUGGUGGAGUACCUGUACAGUAAGGGCAUGGCGUUCCGGUACCCAGAGCCGGUGGAUAAGGAGGCGUAUGUGAGAUCAGUCGUGUGGAACACGCAGUACGACUCCUUCCUCCCCGACACCUAUGAAUGGCCUGGUGUCUCCCACAGCCCCAUACUCGACUAAUCCCCACGUCCACAGCUGGCCCAGAGUCUCCCGCAGCCCCAUACUCGACUAAUCCCCACUCCCACGACUGGCCCAGAGUCUCCCGCAGCCCCAUACUCGACUAAUCCCCACAUCCACGACUGGCCCAGAGUCUCCCGCAGCCCCAUACUCGACUAAUCCCCACAUCCACGACUGGAGCUGGGUCUCCCGCAGCCCCAUACUCGACUAAUCCCCACAUCCACGACUGGAGCUGGGUCUCCCGCAGCCCCAUACUCGACUAAUCCCCACAUCCACGACUGGAGCUGGGUCUCCCGCAGCCCCAUACUCGACUAAUCCCCACAUCCACGACUGGCCCAGAGUCUCCCGCAGCCCCAUACUCGACUAAUCCCCACAUCCACAACUGGAGCUGGGUCUCCCGCAGCCCCAUACUCGACUAAUCCCCACAUCCACGACUGGAGCUGGGUCUCCCGCAGCCCCAUAC